AUCCCGAGUUUGGAAGUGGGUGCAGGCGCGCAUGUGCAGUGGAAGGGGUGUGGAUCCCGUUGACCCGCUGCACAGCAACAAUAAUAUUUAGAGAGCCAGUUCUCUGUUGCGCACGUGAGCAUGCGUGGAUUUAAAGCGUUGCAGCACAGGGAAGUGGUUCCCAGUCUGGAGAUGGCGCAAGAGAUGGAGUGGAGCGCGUGUGCGCAUCUGUAUUAGGCAGAGCGCCUCUGUGCGCAAAGGCGCAGACGCGGCGCAGCGAAGCCCCAGAGGCAGAGAUGGCCGCGCUCUUUCGCCUUUUGCUGAUUUUGGUGCACCUCUUUCUGCACUGGAGAGCCUCGGACUGCAUGGAGGUGGACAUCUGCGUGCCUGUGCGCGUGGCUCAUCUGCAUCACGGAAAGCACGAGCGCACGGACCGCGCGCGUGACGCGCAGGUUGCGUUCAAGCUGAGCGUGUUUAAGCAAGACUUUUUCCUCCACUUGGCUCCGGAUCCCACCUUCCACGCGCUGGAUGGUCCUCCACCUGCGCGCACGCGGCCGUGCUUUUACGCGGGGCACGUGAACGCAGACCCAGACUCAUUGGCUGCGUUGAGCAUAUGCGGGGGUCUGAGGGGGGCCUUCUCCAUUGACGGCGUGGAGUAUUUCAUCGCCCCACAGCGCGGGGACCCACAGGAAAGGAUCCACGUAAUCACCCGCCGCGGGAGCCGCGCGCACGAGCGCAGCAGGUGCGGAGUUUCACCUGACUCCAACCUGACCCUCUCGCUGCAGAAAUACAGCCACAUGAAGGAACUGUACUCUAACGGCCUCCGUCGUGACUUCUGGGGGUCCCUGGGGAGGUCCAGGAGGUUCGCUUCCACCCCCAGGUACGUGGAGGUUCUGGUGGUGGCGGAUGAAUCCAUGGCCAAGUUCCACGGGGACGACCUGCAGCAUUACCUGCUGACCCUCAUGUCCGUAGCCGCCAGGCUCUACAAACACCCCAGCAUCCUUAACCCCAUCAACAUCGUGGUGGUGGGAUUCAUGGUGAUCCACGAGGCCCACAAGGGUCCCAAGGUCUCCAGCAACGCCGCCCUAACUCUGCGCAACUUCUGCUCCUGGCAGAAAAAGCUGAACAAAUACAGCGACCAGCACCCAGAGUACUGGGACACCGCCAUCCUCUUCACCAAGCAGGAUCUUUGCGGAGCUUCAACCUGUGACACCCUGGGGAUGGCUGAUGUUGGAACCAUGUGUGACCCCAAGAGAAGCUGCUCGGUCAUUGAGGACGAUGGUUUACCCUCAGCCUUCACCACGGCCCAUGAGCUUGGUCACAUCUUCAACAUGCCCCACGACAACGUGAAGGCGUGUGAGGAGGUUUUUGGGAAACUGAAGGACGACCACAUGAUGUCUCCCACGCUGAUCCAGAUCAACAGGAGCCGCCCCUGGUCUGUGUGCAGUGCUGCCAUCAUCACGGAGUUUCUGGACAGAGGUCACGGAGACUGUCUGCUGGACCAGCCUCAGAAGCAAAUGGCGCUCCUCGAAAGCCUCCCUGGCUCCUCCUACAGCCUGCACCGUCAGUGUGAGCUUGCCUUCGGCCCGGGCUCCAAACCCUGCCCCUACAUGCAGUCCUGCUCCAAGCUGUGGUGCACCGGAAAGGCCCGGGGGCAGCUUGUGUGUCAGACCCGCCACUUCCCCUGGGCGGACGGCACAAGCUGUGGCCCUGAAAAGGUUUGCUACCGGAGCGCCUGCGUGCAUAAGAACACCACUGUGCGUGUCAAGGUGGACGGCCACUGGGGGAAGUGGGGUGCAUUUGGUGACUGUUCCAGAAGCUGUGGGGGGGGAGUGCAACUGGCCAAGAGAGAAUGCAACAACCCAGCCCCGGAACACGGAGGGAAAUACUGUUAUGGUCUUCGCCUUAAGUACCGCUCCUGCAACUUCAGCCCUUGUCCUAAAACAGGUAAGAGCUUCCGUGAGGAGCAGUGUGAGGCCUACAACGGCUUCAACCUGAACACCAGUCGACUGGGCUCCACAGUGGUUUGGGUUCCCAAAUAUUCCGGCAUCUCUCCCAAGGACAAAUGCAAGCUGAUCUGCAGAGCCAACGGGACGGGAUACUUCUAUGUUCUUUCCCCAAAGGUCGUGGACGGGACGCCCUGUUCUCCUGACACCUCAGCCAUCUGUGUUCAGGGAAAGUGUAUCAAGGCUGGCUGUGAUGGCAAGCUGGAGUCCAACAAGAAGUUUGACAAGUGUGGCAUGUGCGGCGGGGAGAACCAGGGCUGCAAGAAGGUGUCAGGGAUGUUCACCAAGCCUGUUCAUGGCUACAACUUCGUGGUGACGCUGCCAGUUGGAGCCUCCAACGUUGACGUGCGUCAGCGGGGCUACCGAGGGAUGGUGGGCGACGAAAACUACCUUGCUGUGAAGAACAGCCACGGAAAGUAUCUCCUGAAUGGAAACUAUGUGGUGUCGGCCGUGGAGCGGGACUUGCUGGUUCAAGGCAGCCUUCUGCGCUACAGCGGCACCUCCACAUCUGUGGAGAUGCUCCAGGCGGUGCGACCCCUGCAGGAGCCUCUGACCGUGGAGGUGCUCUCUGUUGGGAACAUGACGCCUCCAAGGAUUCGCUACUCCUACUACAUUUCUAAGGAGAGCAAGGUGGAGAAAACUCUCUGGAAGGAGGAGAAAAGCCACAAAGCACACAACAGCAUUUUGGUUGACAGUAACAAAAUAGAGACCAAGAAACAAAUAAUGGCCAGGAAGCCUGCCAGCCACUGGAUUAGUGGGAGCUGGGAUUUGUGCUCAGUGUCGUGUGGGAACGGUUUGCAGAGGAGACUUGUUCAGUGCAAGAGCGUGGAAGGACUCCCAGCAGGGAACUGUGAGGGUGCUGAAAGACCUGCAGCAGUAAGAGUCUGUGGGGAUCCCUGCCCUGUAUGGGAUGUUGGAUCCUGGUCUCACUGCUCCAAGUCCUGUGGGCGGGGCUUCAAAAGGCGGCUGGUGCGCUGCAUGACUGACAACGGUCUGAAUCUGCCCAGGGAGCACUGCUUUGGUAAGAGGAAGCCUCAGGAAUUGGACCUCUGCAACCUGAUGCCAUGUUAAACUCAGGUGGGGCUCUUUUCUUGAGACCCUCUCAGUUCAAGCAACAGCAUCUCUGUUGUGUUGGGAUAUAUUAAUGAAGAGCCCUCCCUUAGACUACUGUCUACUCUACACAGAUAGGGACUCAGAGAAUACAUGGACCUUCAGUGAGACUUGACCUUUGUGACUUGUGUACAGCAUUCCAUUGAUUACCGUUAUAUUUACCUCUAGGACCAUCAGUGUCAGAUUUAGGUCUCUGUACAUUUUCUUUUGUGAAACACUCUUUGCCUUUUAUUGUGACCCCAAUAGUUGUUUUAAAGUACCACUGUGGCUAAAUGUGACAGGAGCUUGUAAAAUGUUCUCUGUUUUAUUAGAGCUCCCGCCCUGAAUGACUUCCAGUUACCCCUGCCCUACCUGAAGUAGGUUUGCCCAGUUGAUCCCAACCAGAAGGUAGGGCAAAGCUAAGUGGUAACUCUCCAGGGAGAGGCAGUCAUUCUCUGCUCUCUUGAGGAAAUUGCCACCACUGUUAAGGUUUUUCAUGUAUUUGUUUUGAGUCAUUGGUGAAAAAUGUAAAGCAGAAAGUGAUCAUGUGCCAACAUCCAUGCAGUGUCAUCAGCACAUGCCUAUAAGGAUGCCAGAAAAGCUAUCAGGGUCAUUGAAUGUUUGACAUCUAAGACGUCAGACAUCUAAACUGUGAUGUCUGUUUGAACAGGCCUGAAUUCAUGUGACUGCAGACAAAUGGGAUUGUGUCACCUCCAACUACUGACCCCCCCCCCCCUUCAAACAGGAAGUACCCGCUGGUUUCAAGAAACAAAAAUCCCAUGGAUUUCAAUAAAAAAAUAAACAGCUGUUACUCCGUCAUUCCAUUUGUCAAAAGAACCAUUCUGGAUCUGAUACCUUUUUUAGCAUCUUCUUGAUUCUUUUAUUCUCAUGAUAUAUUUUUCUGUUGUGCAAGUUAUUCAAGAUAUAAAAUGACCAAUCAGAUGGCUCAGUGAAAGGACGUUUUCUCACGUCAAAUGUUCAAAGGGUUUGAUUGACAUUUUGUGUAGCCCGCUUUCAACUGGUAGGGGCGUGGACCUCCAGCAAGCCCACUCCUGAUUGGUGAGAGUGGUUGCCAAUAAAACAAUGACUUAGACCAAUUCUGACCAAUCACAGCUUACUAACUCAUCUAGCUCCGGUGUCCACAUCAUAAAAAAUAGCGACUGAAUUGACUUCAUUUGGUUGGAGCUGGGAUAAACCAUUUUCAAUGGAUGACGUCACCGUCACUCAGUCCAGUUCUUUUAUACAGUCAAUGCUUCCAACUCUGAUUUAUUUAUAAUAUCUAUAUUUGGGCUGAUUCAAAAAGUGAAGUGGAACUGUUUCACUCCAGGCCCUAUCAGUCCUCAUAACCCAGACAUACCAGCUUCAAUGGCGAGACAGUACCUGCAUGUUGAGCACAUUACCCAGGAGUUAUUGGGUGUUAAUGUGUGUGGUUGCACUAGACAUGAGGUCCGGACGUAGGAUAGAUAUGGGGUUUACUCUGCCCAUACAUGAGGAACAUAGAGCAGACAAGUCUGUCAGGAAAAGGGAAGGCUUUCCUUUAGUCUUUUUCCAUAAAUUAGUAAUUGGAUUUUUAAAUGAAAACCCCCUUCUUUGAACUCCUUCAGGAAAUCUCAUAAGUUUUCUUGAAAGUUUACUCAACGUGCUGGUGUGGAGCCCGGUCCCUCUGCUUACAACACUUUGUACCUUCAUAGGCAGGGUCCUUGGACCUCUGCAGUUACUGUCAUGUUGUAAUGAUGUUCUGAUCAAACCGGCCUGAAGAAAUAUUUGGAGGAGUCAAAUCCGGCUUCAAAACAGUUUAGCCCAUUCCAAUUAGAAAAAGAAUGCGUCUGAAAUUGAAGACCUUGUCAAAAGAUCUUUGAGUCUAAAACAAAAGAGAAGCACCUACAGAGUCCUUCCUACUCUGUAGGAUCUAUUGCCUAUAAAAACGAUCAAAAUCAAGCUGCCAGAUGUGUUCUCACCAAAGACCUCAAACCCCGAGGCCUGAUCAAACCAUCACCAUCUCCCCACCAAAACCCUCCUACUUCUAAGUGAAUCAUCGUCACUAUUUAAAGAUUUAAUCUCUCCACACAGAACAUCAGUACAAAUGAAACCAACCCCCCAUGAUAUUAGUAAAUCAAGCUCAUAUAGGACUUUCUGAGACUUGGACUUCUUAAAGGCUUUUCUCCACAUCUGUUUGUCUCUGCUGCUCUGUUUCUGUCCUUUUAUCCCAUUUUUAGUUUGCAAAAAUGAGAUAAAAGGUUUUUUAGUUUUCGUUUGUAGUUUUGUAGUAAUGAAUAUCGUAUGCAUUUGACCUAAAGCUGUUGAGUUGAAGCAGUGGUGCUCUCUGAGGUCCUUCAGCUCCUGUUCAAAGCUACUUCAGCUGUGGACAACUGUCCUGUGAGCAUCUCUUUAGACUCUUUCCAUGUCCUCAGAGCCCAGAUCUCUUCCUUCAUUGUUUGGGUGAAGGCCUGAGAGGUUAGAGGUCAGAUGUAUACGCCACUCGGAGUGUUGUGACCAAAGCUCAGCCCCAUGUGAGGAAGGAGCAGGUGAAAGACAUGGCUGGAUGGAUGUUCACACAUCUAAUGCAUGUUUUUUUCAGUUGUAUGCAAACAUCUGGUACAAAGUCAGCAGAUUAUUACUGUUGAGCUGUUAUUCUGCCCUUUGCCCUUCCAAAGUGGAGUGCUGUCAUCUGUGCUUUCAUGUUUCAGGUAAAUGUGCUCUGCGGUUGCAGAAGAUGGGAGCAUCAUGUGGGUGACAGCUGCUCACAGAUCCACAGCUGCAUUGUUUCAAUCAACCCAAACACUGAUGGUUUUUGUUUGUCCAUGCUGGACGAUUCCAACAUUCACGUCUUUGUCUCUGGGUUCAGAGGGACCAGCUUUUCUGUUCACGCUCAUGGAGAGGCAUGUCCACCUCUGACAGAUUUCCUUCAGUCCUCUGUAUUGUAUACUGUGUAUACAGUCACUCAGCUGUGUGAAAUAAAGUAUGUUACCAUCAGA